CCGGCUGCUGCCCCGAUGCGCUGUGCCUGGAUCCCGGGCCGAGUCGCCGCUGCAGCUGUUGGGGCGCCCCGGCCGGGUGACGCCGCCUCCGCCUGCGCCCCUCCCAGACCCCGCUAGCCGCAUGGAGCCCCCGGAGGGCGCUGGUCCUGGAGAGAUCAUUAAGGAGGCAGAGGUGCCACCGGCUGCCCUGGGUGUCCCAGCUCAGGGAACAGAGAGCAGUUGCCAUACUCCUGUGGCUGAGGAGGAGGUGGGCAUCCCGAUACCAGCACCAGGGCUCUUGCAGGUCACAGAGAGGAGGCAGCCCCUGAGCAGCGUCUCCUCUCUGGAGGUCCAUUUUGACCUUCUGGAUCUCACCGAGCUGACAGACAUGUCAGACCAGGAGCUGGCCGAGGUCUUUGCCGACUCUGAUGAUGAGAACCUGACCAGUGAAGCUCCAGCAGGUCUACACCCGCUGCCUAGGGCUGGCUGUCUGCGUUCCCCCUCUUGGACGAAGACAAGGGCUGAGCAGAACCGUGAGAAGCAGCCCCUCAGCGACCCAGAGCGACAGGCUGCCAUUGUGGACACAUUUCUCACCGUGGAAGGACCCAAGGAGGAUUAGGCCAGUUCCAUCUGCUCCAGAGACACCACAGGGCUGAGGCUCGACCACCACCAGGGUGGCAAAGCAAGACACUUCAGACCCAGGACACGCUCCGCCCCUCCACCCUCCCCAUAAGGCUCCUGACAGCAGGUCAGGGUAGGGUUGCCAGGGCAGGCCUCAGGUCACCCCAGCACAAGCACAGCCCAGUGGCCUUACAUCCAGCUGGUUUCUGGACCCUGGAACAGGGACCAUACCACCUGGAGUCACUGCUUGAGGAUGAAGCAAAGAAUGAACAAUGGUGGCCUAAACCUUCUGGAAACUUCCGUCUAUAGGAGCAAUGCUCUUUGUCUGUCAAAAGAUUCCCCAGUAUGCUUGGGGUGAGGGGAAUCCAAGCCUGUGAGAGCCACUCCAAAACCCCCUGGGGUCUCCAAUCUCAGCAUCUCUUCAUGCCACCAUGCUUGGAAGCCACAGUGGGUUUGGCAGUGGCUCCUGGGUCACUACACCGCCCCCAGCCAAACAUGGGGGGAGGCUCAGUCCAGAAAACCUCCACCUUGAUUUCAACCUUGUCCCUUCCCCUCUGUCCAAGGAAGGCAUGUUGGUACCAGGUCCCCCCGGCCCAGGUAACCCUCUACAACUUGUGCCUGCUUCUCUUGUCCCUGGGUAUGACAGCCUGGGGCUGAGGGCCUGGCCCACCUCCUCUUUAGCUUAGAACACCAAAUAUUGCCAGACUGCCUCAGAACCUCAGCACCACCUCCCAGACUGCUCGAGGGGGAGCGGCUCGCCCUCUCCCAUCCCACAUCUAUUACAAGGGCACCUAGUUUUGUCUGUUUUCCACAUCCCACUGCCCAGCCGCAGCACAGCCUAUCAAACACACUCUGUGACCCUGGGACUGGAUCCUGGGAAUAUUCCAAGGAGGGGCAGGGGAAGUAGGGCCAACAGGCCUACUCUCUCUGCUGUGGGGAUGUCCUAGGCACCCAACCCAGCUGCUCCCAAAAUUCCUUUUUAUGUGCGAAGAGACCCAGAAUAGUCUUCUGGUCUGAGUGUGAAUCAAAGACUGGUUUUGAAAAAAACUGUAAGCUUGCUCUGUGUCCCCCAGUCAACCUGCCCUGCCCUGCUCCACACUGAAGUGUUUCUGGGGAAGGAAGACAGGCCCUUGGUCUUCUGCCAUGUGCUGGGGACAUCCAGGAGGCUCCCACUUCCGAUCCUUCACCCCACCUCCAUGUACUAUUGGCCUCUGAAGGAAAGUCCACUUCCUGCCUGACCAGGUCUCUGAUUUCCAGUGGAAAAGAACUGAGCAGCUAUCUCUUUCACCUCAUAAAGGCAGCUGUGUGCCCCAGGGUCUCCCUCCCCACUUCCCACCCUUUCUGCUGCAGCCACGGGGGGGCACGCUGAGUGGGAUUAAAGUUCCGCCACCCUCUGAA